AGAAAGUCAUAGUGUGCAGUGCAGCAGUGACCAGCAGCGGCUGCAGUUGUUAUGUAUUAGCAGUUUUACAUCUCCACUUGCAAGUUUCGGAAGCUAUUGGAAAGUAGCCUUGGGAAAGCGAAGAACUACAGUACAGGUAGUACAGUAGGCUAUCGUAACAGAUAUUGUGUGAGAUGAUUUUAAUGAAGUGAUCCAUCGUCCUUUGAUUGGAGGCUUCAAAAGCUGUCGACAUCCGAAAUAUUAUUGAACUUCGAAAGGAAAAAAAACUGUGACUCACUUGAUAGGGUUGUGGCUAUUGGAGUUUGGGUCCUCAUACUCCAGGACUUUAAGAGCAGGAGGUCUUAAAAGGAGCCACGCCAAAAUGGACGCUGUCGACACCCUCCAGAGUGCCCCCUUAGAAACCAAGGCAGAACGCAUUGCCCGCUACAAGGCAGAGAGAAGGAGAGAGCUGGCAGAGCGCUAUGGAAAUGUGGAGGACGUCACGUCCAGAUAUACCAGGAAGGACAGGAAAGUCGCAGAGACCACUGAGAAGGUGAAGCCUGAUGACAAAAGCUCCGGGUCUGAGCUGUCAUUCUCCAGUCGAGCCACCAGGAGUAGGAUGGCAGACCGUGAAGAGUCGGUUGAGAGUGUAUCAUCCCAAGAAACACUGGGAGAUGAGAAGCCCCACACGGAUACACCUGCCCCCUCAAAGUCAGAAUCUUCUACCACCAAGAAGAAUAUCUCGAAUUACAGCAUGCACACACUGCAUGUUGUGGCCCCUCCAGUUCAUCCACCAGUCAAGCAAAGAACAGGGUCAACAAUGGGCCGCCGACCCCUCCGGUUGCUUAGGGGGAAUUCGGAAGGCAGUCACCCAGGUUACAGGCGUGUUCAGACACUGCAGGUGACCGCCAGUGAAGUCCGACCCCCUCAAUGGUGUGGUUCAAGGCCGUGCCACAAUCUUCUGAAAGACGGUGACGCCAAGCAGCCAACGGUCCCUGACAGGAAGAUGGAUGACAGAGCUAAGAUGAGCAUGGCUACCAAGACGUCUGUGUUUCAGGGGCCGGAGAAGACCGAGGAGUCGCCCCUAACAACAGAGAGGCGUGGGCGUUGUGCCAAGGACGACAAUCCAGCAUCCACCCAUCCAAUCACAAUGGAGGAGAUGGCGGCGGGAGGCAGCCCUCCAAAGGGAGGCGUGGUCGGGGAGACUGCCGACAUACCCAGCUGGCACCACGCCCACAUGACGCUCUCAUCAUCCAGUUCGGCCCUAACAUCAAAUGUCCAAAACGAUGAGGACAAGUCCCCUGCGCCCUCCCAGCCUGCCUUGCUGCUGCGCCAAGACUCGGGCACCCGCAGUGGCAUCAAGGGCAUCCUCAAAAAGAGCCGCUCCACAAGCGUCGAGUCGGACUACAGUGAAGGAGGGGCCCCCGACAGCACCCCCGCCACCGGGGUGGUCCGACAAACCAGCGUCACACUGAGCCACCCUGAAAGCGAUGAAGAAGAGGACGAAGAGGUGAAAACUGAGGAAAUUGGGGAAGAGUUCCUGUUACCACUACAGGAUGAAGAGACAACGGUGGACGAUAACCCUGACGGAGGAUGUUUCAGCACCCCCCAGAUGCCGAGAGGUGCUGGCCGCGGGGGUAGCAGCAGUUCAGGGGAGGACCUCCAGAGCCGGUCACCCUCUCCAGGGGGAAACCGGGGGGAGGAACAGACUCCCUCCCUGGGGGAUAAGACGUCGUCGGUGGACACAGAAGACGGAGAGGACCAGGAUGUAGACAGCAGUCUGGACAGCAGUACAGGGUCAGCGCUUAAAGAGAGGUUGGCUGAAAUGAACAGCGGCGAUGAGGAGUGGAAAGCCAAACUGAAGAAGCCCAAGCCCAGCGACUUGGUUCAGAAGUCUCUGGCAGACCGUUUCAACCAGCUCCAGGACUCCGGAGACGCCUGGAAGAAGAAGAAGUCCAGUGCCGAUGUAGAGACCAAGAUGUCCCUGGCGGAAAGGAUGAAGAUCCUGCAGGAGAACGAGGAGGCGUGGAAGAGCAGAGGGCGUGGCGCCGCCAACGACUCCACCCAGUUCACAGUGGCCGGGCGCAUGGCCAAGAGAGGCCUGGUGUCAGAGAUGGGUAAAGAGGAAUCUCCCAUUUCCCACAUGAAGAAGUCCAUAGCAACCCCGGUCAAGCCGCAUGAAGAAAUCUCCACUCAGAGUGGGGUUAAGGUGGAAGGGGACAAGAGGCUGGACAAGCUGGAGUCCUUUCUGGACAAGCUUCACAACAAAGGCAUGGGAAACAGCCAGAUGUCCACCAUUGAGGUGACAGCCGAGACUGAGAAGGAGGUUAUGACCCUGGAUGACGAGGAGACGUUUGGCCGCUUCUACAAGCCUGUGUCGCCCUCCUCCCGAAAUUCUGGCAUUACUGCGCUGACCCAGGAGGACCUCCGCGAUCUUCAGGCGGACACGCCAAAGUUGACGUCGGCGGGUACGGAACACAAGCGCGCCGUGCGUCCUGCUCGGAACAACCAAGGCUCGCGGAACCCCCUCCGAGCCCUGGCGGCACGCAAUGACAUCCGCCAGGGCUACACAGAACAGAGACUCAACGUGGCUACCGUGGAAACCAAGAGGAUCCAAGUGGAGAGGAUGGCCAAGCAUUCCAACCUGGCUGACGCAGCUCUGGCCGGUCUGGCCAGCAAAGAGAACUUCCGCAAGAUCAACCUGCGCAGCACCAAGUCCACUGAGGUGGUGACCAACAACAGCACGCUGCCCUUCCACAAACUCAUGCUGAUUCGCAUUAAAGGUCGGCGUCACGUGCAGGUGCGGCUGGUGGAGCCCACGGCCCGCUGCCUGAACAGCGGCGACUGUUUCCUGCUCAUCACCCCCAAACACUGCUUCAUGUGGAGUGGAGAGUUUGCCAACGUCAUAGAAAAAGCCAAGGCCUCAGAGAUGGCGGCGUUCGUACAGGCCAAGAGGGACCUGGGCUGUAAGGCCCCCCAGGUGACUGUGCUGGAGGAGGGCAUCAACACUGACAACCGAUGGGCUAAGGAGUUCUGGAACCUUCUGGGGGGCAAGACGGACUACAGAGGUGCAGGGGAGCCGGAGGAGGACGAGCUGUACGAGUCUGGUGUGUUGGACUCCAACGGGGUCUACCGGCUGCAGGAGGGCAAGCUGGUCCCCUAUCAAGAGGCCUGGGCCUCCAUCCCCAGCGUUACACUGCUGAACUCUAAAGAGGCACUAGUGUUUGACUUCGGCAGUGAGGUGUAUGUGUGGACCGGGAAAGACGUGUCCCUGGCUGACAGAAAGGUCGCUGUGCAGUUAGGCAAACAGCUGUGGAGUGGUUCCUACGACUACAGUGGCUGCAGGGUCAACCCCCUGGACGCCUGCUCGUCCAAUACCGACAUCCCUGAGCAGGGCGAGGGGCGUCCCAGCUGGACUCUGUUCGGCCGUCUGUCUGAGCACAACGAGACAGCUCUGUUCAGAGAGAAGUUCCUGGACUGGGCCGAGAGGAAAAAAGAUGAGGCUGCCAUGGAGGAGGCCAAGAGCCCUGUCAGCUCUACCCUUCGGUCACCAAUCGACGGUGCCAAGCCAGACAUUUUGAAACCCUGCGAUGCCAAGGCCCUGCUGAAUGGCGCUGCAGACCCCAUGCGCUGUAUUCUUGAGGGGGUGGACGUGCAGCGCGGCCACGGCCUCGUCCGGACGGAGGACGGGCGCCAGGCUGACCUGGCCACGGUGGCAGUGGACGCCUGGCACAUACGGGAGUUUGAGGAGGAGGAGCUGCCGCUGGCGAGCGUGGGCCAGCUCCACGAGGGAGACACUUACGUGAUCCGCUGGAAGUACUCUGUCACCACCGUGGUGGGUAAGAGGCAGAAGCCGGGAGAACUGAGUAGCGGGGGUGCGGGUCGAGAGCGCAGCGCCUGCUUCUUCUGGCAGGGCCGCCACUCCAGCGUCAGCGGCAAAGGCACCUCUGCACUGAUGACGGUGGAGCUGGGGAGCCACAGGGGGGCGCAGGUGCUGGUGGCACAGGGGAAGGAGCCUCCUUGUUUCCUGCAGCUCUUCCAGGGAGGCCUGGUCAUCCACAAAGGCAGCCGGGAAGACGCCAGCAACACAGGCGCUUGGCGUCUGUACUGUGUGCGUGGCGAGGCCCUGGCGGAGGCAUCUCUGGUGGAGGUGGAAUGUUGCUGUGCUAGCUUGCGCUCCCGUGCCACCCUGGUUCUGCUGGGCGCCCACCAGGGACAGCUCUACCUGUGGCACGGUUGCAAGUCCCACGCCGGAGCCAGGGAGGUGGGCACCAGGACCGUGGAAAGGCUCCAGCAGACGCAUCCGUCUGAGCUGGGCCUGAACAGUAACAGCAGUCUGAAGGUGGAGGUGGUCGAGGAAGGCACGGAGCCAGCAGGGUUCUGGAAUGCUUUGGGACAGCAGGACAGGAAGGCCUAUGACUGUAUGCUCCAAGAUCCAGGGAAAUACAACUUCACACCCCGCCUGUUCCACCUGAGCGCUAGUUCUGGGGUGUUUGAAGGGGAGGAGCUGUUGUGCCCGGCCCGGGUGACAGACGCUGUCAUGGCAAUGCCCUUCCUCCAGGAGAAUCUCUACUCUGUACAGCAGCCAGCCCUCUUCAUGCUGGACAACCGUCUGGAGGUGUACCUGUGGCAGGGCCGGCAGCCCGACGAUGAAGAAUGUACCGGCUCAGCCAAGAUCCGCUGGGAGAACCAGAAGAAGUGUGCCAUGGAGACAGUGCUGCAGUACUGUAAAGAGAAGAACUCUCGGCGCCCCCCUCAGGCCUACCUUGUCCUAGCUGGCUCUGAACCUCUCACCUUCACCAACAUAUUUCCUUACUGGGAGAGAGACCCCAGCAUCAUCCCACAGGCGGAGGGGGCACGGACCAAGGUGACCCUGGUGCAGGAUGCCUUGAACCGGUUGAGUAAGAACCAGUACUCUGUGGAGGAGCUGACAGCCAAGCCCCUUCCAGAAGGAGUGGACCCCCUCCGGCUGGAGAUCUACCUUUCAGACCAAGACUUCCAGGGGGUCUUAGAAAUGACUCGCACCGAAUUCAAUGCCCUGCCAAACUGGAAGCAAAAGAACUUAAAGAAAAGCAAGGGACUUUUUUAAAAAUGAUGAUUGCGUAAUCCGUACGGCACCUUUUUUGUACUUUUAUAUUCCAAUGGUAAUCGUGUCAAGUUUUUGUUCAUGUAAAGCGAAAGGAAAAAAUACAACUAAUGUGUACAGUCUUGUAUUUGUGUUAAAACAUUAACCUCUUUUAAAAAUGCUUGUUUUAUGGAUCUUUCCUACAAAGCAAUAUAUCAUAGUCCAUAUAUAUAUACAGUAAGUGUUACAGUACCUUUUGGCUGCAAGGGUUCUUGCAAAUUACAAAUUCCCCUGAAUUAUAAAUAUGUAUUAUAAAUGCCUGUUUUUAUAUGUGUACUGUAAUGUUGUCGAUUUUGUCAAGAGUGGAAGAUUGUCUUCAUGUCCAUUGUCUUCUUGACUGGUUAUCAUUGUCAAAAACACUAUAGCAGUAGUAUUCAACUGGUCCUGGGAACCCAAAACACUUCCAGUUUUGUUUCCACUUGCUAUUUAACUACACUCAGGUCUGGGUUAGUACUUAAUUAACAGGAGAGGAUGAAAACCCAAAGUGUUUUAUAUCCCAAGGACCAGAGUUUAAUAUCACUGCUAUUGGGCCAUUUCUGCAUUCAUUCAUUACCUAAGUUGCCACUAGGUUUAUUUCAAUUGAGUUAUAACCAAAGUCAUUUUGGGUGGCUUCCCAGACCGAAUCCUGGACUAUUUCUGUUGAUAUUUUGGACAGGAAAGUAAUGAAAGACAGAUUUUGCUGAAGGGCAAAAGACGCAGAAGGAACACAUGAUGCAGCAGUACGCUACAUGUGGACCAGACACAGCGGCUUAGUCCACUGGACAUUCCAAAGCCACCUAAAAAGCCUUUUCAGUUGGGGGUAUUCUCUCUUGACGUAGCUGUUCUUGUCUGUUGAACUGCCCAUUUCAUUUUCAAGUCUUCCUUGAAAAGGUGAUUUAAACAACACUAUAUAAUUAAAAAUGAUGUGUAAAAGUUGCUUAGAGGAGCUAUUUGUAGAAUUUCCUUUCCAUGUGGAAGCUGGGUAAAUUGCAGGAACAGGAGUUUGAAACUCCUAAUCCCUUUUUGCCCAAUUGGAGUUCCAAUUUUACAAAUGUUCUGAUAUUACAAAAUUGCUAUGUAUUGCACCUUUAUAGUUGCUGAAUGAGUGAUGCCAGCUGAUUCUUGAACAAUAUGUAUCCUAAAAUGCUCAUGAGCUUACUUCAACGGUUGGACUUGAACCCAAAAUAUAAGCUUGUUUUACAUUGUAAACAAUGGGCAUGUAAGCAAAAUAGCCUCAAAAGUGUUUUGUGCUUAAUAUACCAGAGAGCAUGUUUAGGUAUUCUAGCUUUAAUACAAGACAAAUCAGGGGCUGGAUCUUUUGUGAAGCCCAGUUUUAUGCAGAACGGACCGGUUUCAGUUUUACAGUUUUUUUUACUGUAGUUCUUUUUAAUACUAUGGUUAAUCUAUCCAGGAUAUAGAAUCCCACAUCUUUGGAGCAACUGCUUGUUUGCCAAUGGCUACUUGUGUGGCUGAUUUCUCUGGACCAAACCCCAUGGCAUUGCUUUAUCUCCUAACUGAAUUUGUCUGGGUUGAGUGAGCGUUAUAAAGCUGCCUUCAUAGCUACACCUGUGUGCACUAAUGAGCCCUUUUUGACCAAUGCAAUAUGUAACAAUUUACUAAACAUUGUGUAAAAUA